AUGAACACCAUGGGCAUUGCCCUCAAGGUCCAACCAGGGGCGAAGUUGACGAUCCGCGCGCCGACGGUCAUGAUGAAGAGGAGGGAGGCAAGUGCACAUCAACAUGAACAAGUCGAAACUACUUCUACAAUAUUACUGAAAACCUAUCCCAUCGUGUACUUUGUUGCCAAUAAUUUCUGGUGUAGAUUUAAGAAUGUUUACAGCCUUCGUUUCAUCGUGUUCCUUUCAGCUGUAAAUUUCAAUGAAGGAAACCUCCCCCCCCCCUGCGCGCGGGCGCGCCGCUGUUGCCCCAUUUCAAACAUCGUUCGACGAAAGAUGGAUGACCAACCCAUCCUUCGGGCCUUCGGAAGCAUCCACUUCGAAGUGACCAGGUGGCUCCCCGAGCACCUCGAUGGAACGCUGAUGGACAAGCACGGGGUAGUGGCCUUCGAGGGCCAAGGGUCCCUAGAAUCUCGAACCACCAUUAGGUUCACGGCCACGUCUGUCGUGGUGGCCGACCCUGCGGCCGCAGACCAGCGAAAGAUUCAGAAGGCAACUUCUCACCUGCACCUAGCCAUCACCUCCUGGCGUGCACGCUCUCUCGACAAGAACAUGUUGCAGGAAAGUUGCCCCUGUACGGCUGUUCGCAUGACGAAGUCGCUGACUCCCUCGUUCUCUCUCUACCCCCCUCCAACGUUGCACGCACAUCGAAACAACCAAUUACAGAAGGAGGCCGACCUUACGGCGUCGAGUAUGCCUACCGACCCUGAGCUUCGCAGGAAGCUGGACAUCCGCCACGCCAAGAGCAACAGGGAACGCGACUCCGCCGCCGCCACUGCCGCUACCGUCGGAGAAGUCGCCGACGAAAAGUCCUCCUCCUCCGUCACCACCCCUAGCCGCGCCGCGGUGGUCUCCACUGUUGUUGCUGCUGCUCCCGACGACAGCGAUGAUGGCGACAAGACCGCCCCUGCAUCCGAGGCCACACUCGCUUCAUCUACUGCCACCGCUACGCCUGCAACGCCCGCGACAGGCACUGCUGCCGACCCGAGCACUCGGGCGGACGUUGGCACCAACCCCGCUUCCGGUGCGUCGAUGGCCGAGUUCAUGACGGGCAAGGCCCGUCACGCUCGCACCGUCAACGACCACGGCAAGAAGGCUGUCGCCGAUGGCGGGGGCGAGGGUUCUUCCCCGAUUCCCGCUUCGAAUUCUUGGACCACCAAGAAGAAGGCACGCCAGCACAGGCAACAGCAGCAGCAGCAGGAGGAGGACCGGCGCCACAGCAAGCGCAACGGUACUGGCGGUAACAACAACAGCAACGGCGACAGCAGCAACAACAACAACAACAACAACAGCAACCGCAACCGCAACGGCAACUCGUUCUCCCCGCCCAACGAGUUCCACGACGAGAACGUCUUGCGGGCCGAAAGAUUUCUGUUCGGGAAACUAGUGAGCCCGGGCAAGAAGGCCAUGAUUUACGUCUCGCCCAACUCCGGCUCCGUCGUGCACGCCGCGUCCGUCGGAAGGGUACCCCGGGACGAGGAAGGGCGAGAGAUCGGUCCCGUACCGCAGAAGCUGAUGACUGUUCUCACCCCCAACGAGCAGCAGAUGUCCAAGAUCGAGAGGAACCGUUCCGAAAUCUGGGCGCAGAGGUUGGAGAGAAGUAAGGCUUUGCGCGAGGGCCGCGAACUCAAGAGGUCAAAGGUAGCCGCCAUCAUGAGCGCUUUGCCGUUUGGCAAGAACGGCUUCCGCCGGAGGCGAGCGCGGGAGCACGCGGAGGCUCACUUGAUGGAGGCCACGCUGAAGCUCACCAACAGGGGAACCUUGGUACGUUGGAGGGAAGCAAAGGGUCUUGAGCCGUGGAGUGUCAGGGGGUUUUGGUAG